AUGCUCUCACGUGUUGCUGCUGUCAAGGCACCCAACGCACACAACCGUCGCCGCGUGACCGGAUCCAGCGGAAGGAGGAGGGAAGGAAGAGAGAGUGAGCACCAGAGGCCCAGCAUGUCCCGGCAUUUCUUUCGCUCCGCGGGGCUGCUCCUCCUUUUCGUGAUGAUGUGCUGCGGCAGUGGAGCUGCAGCCGCUGUGGAGGGUAAUUCAGAGGGUAAAAUCAUCUUUAAAGGAGAGGAAUCAUUUUCUGAUUCAAUGAAUGCCACUUUGGUACAGGCGUUUGAUUCUUUUCGUGCACCUUCUCUUGUUUACGUGAAUGGUGUUGUUGUGGCCACUGUUGAAGCGCAUUACACAAAUAGCACGGAUAGCAAGUCGUGUGUUAGUAUUGCUGCAAAGUCGAUGGAAAUUGAUGGACGGACGUGGACUAAGGGAAGUGCCAUCGUGUUUGAUCAUUAUGACGUGCGUAUUGACCGCCUGUUGCGCCCAACUGCCAUUGUGAAAGAGUAUGGUUAUGAAAUAAAUGCUCUUGUCGGGGGUUAUCACACGUCAGGGGCUCCAUUGAAGGAGGUGGGUGAUGGUUAUUGGACGCCCAGGAUGGCAGACGGUAAGGUUUCGGGUGAAGAAGACGGUAAGAUGGAGUUUGAGUGGAACCGGGUUGCAAGCACUACGAAUCUUCGGGGCAUUUUAGAGGAUUACAGCACCAAUAUCAAACGCUUCAAACAGUUUCUGGGUGGUGGCGGGGCAGGCAUCAUGUUGGAGGACAAUUCCUAUGUGCUGCCUAUUCAAGCCUUGAAGGAUGAUGGAAAGGAAGUUUCUUUGGUUAUGCUCUCCAAAAAACUUUCGUUUGGUUGGGAGUUCUCAGAGGAUACGAGUCGUGAUGGAUGCAUCCAGCCUGCGGUUCUUGAAUGGGAGGACAGAGAGCUCGUCAUGAUGACGUCGUGUGAUGACGGCAGUCGCAGGGUUUACUGGUCAGGCACCAUGGGGAAGAUGUGGACGGUGAGGUACGGCACUUUGUCACGCGUGUGGGGCAACUCACGGACACGUAAAGGGCACGGCGUUCAGGGUGGCUUCGUCAGCGCGACGAUCGAUGGACAGAAAGUCAUUCUCGUCAGCCGGCCGGUAUAUUCCGGGGAGGCGGGACAAGAAACGGGCCGACUUCACUUGUGGCUGACGGACAUGCAGCGAAUUUAUGAUGUUGGGCAGAUAUCCGCUGUGGGUGAGAACGUCGCCGCCAGCACUCUGCUGUACGUCGCAGCCAAAGCGUCAUCGUUGAAAGGGGGAGAACCGAAUAAGGAAAAGGAAAAACUGUACUGCUCGUACGAGGUCGCUGCUGCAGAGGGAGGGAAGUACAGCAUUGCCUUUUUGGACUUGACGGAGAGGUUGGAGGACGUGAGGAAGGUGUUGGCUGCAUGGAAGGAGAAGGACGCGUACAUUGAAAAGGAAUACAGUUGCGGGAAUGAAAAGAAUAAUUGGAGCAGUGACUGUGACGAUGGUGACCUCACUAAAGGGCUGGUUGGCUUCUUAUCCAACACGUCAACUGGGAAUACAUGGAGUGACGAGUACCUCUGCGUGAAUGCCACCGUGAAGAAUGGGGUGCCAGGGGCUGAUGGUGGAUUGACGUUUCAAGGGUCUGGAGCGGGGGCGGAGUGGCCUGUUGGCAAAAUGGGGCAGAAUGUGCCGUACUACUUUGCGAAUGAAAAGUUCACCCUCAUGGCGACGGUGUCCAUCCACAAGGUGCCGACGGAAGGCAGCAGCAGCCCCAUUCCUUUGAUGGGUGUGAAGCUGAGUGAAACCGACAGCACGCUGAUCUUUGGUCUGUCGUACACCCACGACAAAAAGUGGAGGGUAGCAUUCAACGGCAGUUUCCUGGAGCUGACGCAUGGUGACGACCUCAGAUGGGAACCAAACACGAAAUAUCAUGUGGCACUGCAUAUGGAGUCUGAUGAUGGGUUGAUGGUGUACGUGGAUGGAGAGACGAUAUACGACAGCGAAGAGGAGGACUAUGAGGAUGAUUACGGCUUUGCUGGAGCCCUUCGAAGCCUAAUGAGCUCCCACAGCAUCUCGCACUUUUACAUUGGCGGGGACAGCGAGAGGGACUCGGACAACAUUAAUGUGACUGUGAGCAACGUCCUGUUGUACAGCCGCGCAUUUAACAAAGCCCAGCUCAAACCACUAAUGAAGAAGAACACUGUUGGCACUCCAGAUGCGGAGGUGCCGGCUCCGAAUGUUGCGACUCAAACGAUUGUUGCGAGUCAAUCUUCUGGUCAACCCGCCGAUGAGCCCGUCGUCACGAAUGAAGCACAGCCAUCAGGAAAUGCAAAUGGCCCAGCCGUUUCCAGGGAAGCAUCUUCUCCUUCUGUCCUUGACUUGUCCACCUCAGCUGCUGCGUGGGAAGUGAAAGAAGAGGCACCCAGCAGCAGUGUUGAAUUGCUGCCUGCAUUGUCUCCAACACCGAGCGCAGGCGUUCGUCGUGAAGUACCUGAAACCGAGGAGUCUGUCAGUGGGGUGCACAUGGAAGGUGACCAGGAGUACUCGCCUACCAACGGGGCUGCGUCGACGAUGGAGCAGGCAGGCAAGGCGGAUGAAGACUCUUCGCGGAAUGUAACCACCAACGAUUCGAUGCAGCACAGCAUUGACCGUGAAGAGGACACGGAUGUCCUCACUGCCGUGGGCACGAACAGCAGCACAGACCCAGCAACUGCCCACCGCAAUGAUAACGUGUCGGGUGGCGCUAAUGCCGCACCGACUCAUUCGAGCACAGCGCCUGUGGAAACCAAGAUCCCAUCGGAGCUCAAUGCAACAAUACCCUCGGACCAUGAACUUUUGCUUGAGCACGGGCAGCUCGGCGAUUUGGCGGCCAUGGCUCUAAUUGGUGACAGCACCGUGCACGGGUGUGUGUCUCGGGUGUUGCUGCUGCUUCUGGGGCUGUGGGGCACUGCGGCGCUCUGCUGA